AUGAUGAGGGAAGAAAGAGUUGAGGAGUACUCACUGCAUGCAUCGCAAGAAGAUGACCAAAGCUUGACCCUUCCGCGCGAUAUAUAUCCUAACAAAUUUUUAUACCAGAUAAGUCGACAUAGAGCGCCCCUGUUCGCUACUAGCUUGGAGCUGGUUUUGUGCACUCUUUUGAUACGUUACUUUAUGAAAAAGAAUGACAGCUCAGCAAGAUUUGAAGCCGUGUCAAGUGUUGUAUCAUUUGGAUUACCUCUUGGACUGAGUUUAUUCUCUGGUAUGGUACACCUAGUCCACAAUUGUGGAAAGGCUCCAGUGAACAGAGUGCGCUUUAUGGAAGAAAUAAUAGCAGUAGAACCAGGAACUGAAACAAGAAAGUGGGACAGCAUAGCCGCUAGAUUGAACGCGAUUUUUUACUCUAAUAAUUCACUAGCGACUCCGCACUUUUUUUAUGAUGGAAAUGCAUGUUAUUUUUAUUUCAGGCUCCACUACGUGAGGCCUCUUUUUGAGAAGAAAGAAUCUAGUUACGCUUUUAGAGAGUUUCCUGAUGAGUUUAAGGCACUAAUUCACCAAGCUAUGGAGGCGUACAAAAAGGGACUUGACAAAGACUGGCAGCGCCUGCUCAACACCGGUUCUUCUCUAGGAAUCAGAGCGUCGACGUCUGAAAAAAUGACAUAA